GCGCGGGAGCCGCCGGUGGCGCAGCUGGGCAGCGUGAUCGACAUCCGGCUCGGCCACCAGAACGCACCAGCAGCCACAGGUUCCGGCAAGAGCGCGGCCGCGGCGCCGGGGCCCUGGCCCUCGUCGCCGCCCCGGCAGGAGGCCGCCUGGCCGCCGAGGGGCCCGCCGCUGCCCGGGCAGGUCCGGGCCCAGGCGGCGCGCGACGGCGGCCGCGGCCUCGUGGAGGACCAGCCCCUGAGCGUCAACAGGGUGGUGGGGCCCGCGCGCCGCCCGGCAGCGGCCGCUGGGCCGCAGCAGGCGAAGCAGGAGCGCUCCGGGCUCACGCCCUCGCCGUGGUCGACGGGCUGA